CAUGGCUAGAAGGGGUUCGAAAAGAUCAAGAAGGUCGAGUUCCAUCAGAUCCAGAGACGAGGGUCCCGCGGCGCCUCUUCUGUCCGAGGAGGAGUGGCUGGCACGGGAGCACUCCUAUGUGCAGCGUUUGCAGGAUGUCAAGAUAUGCGUUGGCUUCAUAAACGAGUCCAUUGUGGACUACAAUGAGCUGCUGAAGCAGCAGCUUAAGGACGAACACUGGUCGCGCUAUCUGGACUGCGAUGGCCUGCCCAGACCCCAUUGGCCCGAUGAAAUACGUCGCUUUGUCUGUCAGAUGCGCUGCGAGGAGGCGGAGGUCGAACAAAAUGUCGUCAAUUGGACGCUGUCGGUGAACGAGCGCAGCAUCCUCACGCAGGACAUCUUUCGCGUGGAUCUUACGCGCAAGAAGUUGGAGCAGGAGCUCCGACCCGACAUUGGCAGGAUCUACGAUGUGAAUAUUCAGCGUAUUUUGGAGACCAUCAAGCGCAUCGAUCGGGUGCAGCGCAGCGAGCUGGAACUCGCUUUCCUAUCGCCAUCUCGAACCGUGGAACUGGGACAAAUACAAUUUGAACUUUUUAGCGAAAUUGGAGCAUUCCUUGAUAAGCUCACUUAUCGCAUAAUCACCGCCCCCGAAGCCUUUAUGACAAAUAUGGGUUGCAUUUUGGCCAGUUAUUGCUACAGGAGCAGCAAGUACAACUAUCAGCUGUGGGGCCUGCAAGAUGUUCCCAUACGCUUUCAGUUUUUGGAACUGCCGGUGAUGAAUGCCAAUCUGGACUGUGUGGGCCUCAAUAUACAGCUGCCGUACAGCGUGCUCUGUGACAAUAUGAGCCUGAGAUGUGUGCACACCCACUUCGAUUCGUACUCGGAGCGUGCCAAGAGCUUUGAGAUUAUGAUUGACACGGAACCCCUGCCGCACUGUGGUCUGAUGGACAUAGAGGACUGCAUUAUCGAUGAAUGGCUCACACAGGUGGACAUACAGGACGAAAUAAUCACAAAAAUGGAGUCAAAAAUGCAGCAGUAUGUGGAUGCCAUGGACAAAAUCGAAGUCAAUCAGGCACCAAGGAGGUCCAAGGUAGAGGACAAGAAAAAGGACCAGUCGCAGGCAAAGGCAGUGAAGGCACCCAAAGAGCCGCAGAGUCUGCCGGAGGGCAUGUUUCCCGAUCCGUACGCAAUCUUUCUCGAUCGCGAACACCAGGAGUUCAAAAAGUUCUUGGACGAAUCGUACAAUCCGGCCAACAAUUCGGAGAUACCUGGCGAGAUCAACCUGCGGCGCUUCAUCCUGAUGGGCGGCAUCUUCACGGUGGACUUUGUGCGCAAGCCCAAGCACACCGCCUACGAGAAGCUGAACAUCACCCUGCACGAGGAUGGACGCAUCCUGUAUGUGGAGCAGGAUAAGCUGGUCGAUGACGACUGUGAGGUGGCUUUGCUCAGCUCCAGGUCGCGCCGCAAUACCCUCAGGGAGGUGCCCUCCCGGCUGACUGCCGUCACCAGUCGUCCCGAAGUGCAGCGCCCCUCGGCUGAGGAAACAGACGAUGACGGAACGGUGCUCUACUUGGCCAAGAACGAGCUGCCGUACUUCUUUGUCACAUUCAAGCUGCCCAAGCAUCUCUGUCGCUGGGGACAGCCCAACGUGUGCCUCUUCAUGGAGGAGGAGCUCGAGGAGCCCGUAGUGGAGGAAGUAUUUGAGCCGGAGCCAGAGCCAAGGGCAAAGAAGAAGCAGAAGGGAAAUAGGGGAACACAAAAUCUGGGCACCGCCAAGCCCUCCAUCGAUGGGCGGGAGCGGAGUGUGGUCGCCAAACUGGACAAGUCCGGCAAACCAAUUGUAGUUGAGCCGGUGGCCUAUCAGCGGCCCAACACAACCUGCAUCACACGGCCGCGCCACGAAUCGAACAACAUUUACCGUCCCUCCAAUUUUGAAUAUCUCCGCCGCAGCGGCCACGUUGCGCCCAGCAGUUUGAUCCAUCUAACCGGACGGAACUUUGAGUUGUCCGGGAAGAGCCUGAACAAGCUGGAGAUUCACCUGAUGCGGCAGCAGUGUGUGCCCCGCAUCAUAUCCUCGUUCAAGUUUCCGCUGGAGUUCAAGGAGGAGCAGGACACCGAGUUGGAGAUCAAAAAGGCAGCGGGCAACAAAUUGCUGCGACGAAACAAUAAUGCCGAUAACGAGGAGGAAACGGUUGAGCAGCAGCUGCAGCCCUAUCCGAUCUUCAACUAUGAGGACCAAUUCGGUCCGGAGCGUGUCUAUCCGCACUUCGACGACCCAGAGCCGUUCCACUACGAAGCACCGGACAGCGCCACAGAGCGCAUAGAUGAUGGUGGCAAGUCCCACAAGUCCCAUUUCCAAGUGCGGCAGAUGAAAGCCUUCAAUGAACCGUCUCUUUUCGGUGUGCUGGCCACACUGGACGACAUACAGAGCAAGUACACGAAUAGCUUUAAAAGAACCAUUCCAGAGGUUAAGAUGACGCGUCGCACCCACAAGGAGCAGCGCAUAUCGUCCCGCAGGAGCAAGACUUCAGUGCAGAGCAGGGUGUCGGUGGGCCAGAGCCGUUCUACCAUCUCGGACUCUAUCAAAGACGAGGCGGAAACCCAAUUGGCUGGCCACGACGAAAAGACCUCAAUCAUACGAAAAUCGGAGAGAAAGUCGCGCAAACCCGACAGCAUUGGGGCAUCCAGGGAGACCUUGCCAGAACCGAAACCACCAGAGCCUGUGGAACGCGCCAAGGUACUCCACUGGACCACCAAUCACAUAUUGAAAUCGACAUUCGAUGCCACCAAGCGGACCAUAACCAUUAAGACCGAUCGCUUGGGUGUGUUUGCGUUUGCCUUCAGGCGAUACGCACACUUCCCCUUCCGCCACUGGUGCCUGGAGCCGAACGAGGAGAAUCACAACGAGGUCAUCUUCACACUGGACACCUUCUACGUUCGUGUGGUGAUGUACAUAAGCAGUGAGGGCGUACGGGGCUAUGUGAUUGACCUGCCCAAGGAGUACCAGGCCAGGCCGGAGAAGUUCCUCACCAUUGAGGAGCCCAUCAACGAUUUUAUUGAACUGCGUCAGCGUUUCCAGGAGGUGAACAUCAAUUUGUUUGCGGAGCCCGAUGCCUGCUUCUACAUUGAGAAUGGCUACUUCUCGCAGAAGCAUUUGGCCGCCGAGAUGCAUGUCUACAAUGCCAUGUCCGUGCACUGCAAGCUGAUGAAGUUCAGCCGCUCCGACUGGAAUCGUUUGGCCACGCGACGUGACAUUGUCCUGGGGCUGCGCAACCCCAAGGAUAUGGUUGAGGGUGCCCAUAUCACGGCCAGGGUGACACCCGAAAGCGCCACCUUUGUGGAGGUCAAAGAGCUCUGCUCCGAUAAUCUGAAUGUGUUCAAACUCGAGUACAAGCCCACUUGGCGGAACGUGGGGCACUAUUCGGACCUGCAUCAGCUGAUCAACUCCAUGUAUCCGCAUGCCACAGAUGUGCGGAAUCGAGACGCCAAGCUGAUGUACUACAUUCGCAAGCUCAUGCAGGAGAUUCGACCCUUGAGCUUCGGUUAGAGGAGCACAAGCCCCCCCAACAAAAAAAUGCAUAAACUUUUUAAUUAACAACAA